AAAGACUCUCUGCAUUUUCGAAGUACAACCUUCCCUCAAUUUUUUCAGCAACAACAACCAUCUCUCUUGCUCUCCCUCUCUUGAACCUGAAAGAGAAGGGCAAAAAAUAAAAAAACAAAGUUGGAGUUGCCGAGAGUCAUCAUGGGGAAGGAAGGAUUAGAAGUGCUUAAAGCACUUGAUGUAGCUAAGACACAAUUGUACCAUUUCACGGCCAUCGUGAUUGCUGGUAUGGGUUUCUUUACAGAUGCUUACGACCUCUUUUGCAUCUCUCUUGUCACCAAAUUGCUCGGCAGGAUUUACUACACUGUCGAAGGAGCGGAAAAACCUGGGAGUUUGCCACCAAAUGUUGCUGCGGCUGUUAAUGGUGUGGCUCUGGUCGGUACACUUGCUGGUCAGCUCUUCUUUGGUUGGUUAGGUGAUCGAAUGGGUAGGAAGCGUGUCUACGGUCUUACCCUACUUAUUAUGGUUACUUGUUCAGUAGCGUCUGGUCUCUCCUUGGGGAACCAGCCAAAAGCAGUGAUGGCUACACUAUGUUUCUUCCGUUUCUGGCUUGGAUUUGGAAUUGGUGGUGACUAUCCACUUUCUGCAACUAUCAUGGCUGAGUACGCCAACAAGAAAACUCGAGGUGCUUUUAUCGCUGCUGUCUUUGCGAUGCAAGGAACGGGAAUUCUAGCUGGUGGAAUUAUAGCCAUUAUAGUUUCUUCAAUAUUUGAGAAGCAGUUCCCUGCUCCAGCUUAUCAAGUUGAUGCUAAGGGAUCCCUUCCACCUCAGAUGGACUACAUUUGGCGUAUAAUUGUGAUUUUCGGUGCAAUUCCAGCCGCUUUGACCUACUACUGGCGUAUGAAAAUGCCUGAAACUGCUCGUUACACUGCUCUUGUAGAAAAGAACGCGGAAAGGGCAGCUGCCGAUAUGUCAAAGGUUUUAAAUAAGGAGAUUAAAGCUGAAACAGCAAGGGUAGAGAGAUUAACCACGGAUAAUUCAUUCGGUUUAUUUUCAAUGGAAUUUCUUAAACGACAUGGACUUCCUUUACUUGGAACCACAAGUACUUGGUUCUUGCUGGACAUAGCUUUUUACAGUCAAAACUUGUUCCAAAAGGAUAUUUUUACCGCAAUUGGGUGGAUUCCACCGGCAAAAACUAUGAGUGCUGCUGAAGAAGUUUUCAAGAUCGCGAGGGCACAAACUUUAAUUGCUCUAUGCAGUACUGUUCCUGGGUACUGGUUUACAGUGGCUUUCAUUGAUAUUAUGGGGAGAUGGGCAAUUCAAAUGAUGGGUUUCUUCUUCAUGACAGUCUUCAUGUUUGCCAUUGCGUUUCCUUACAACUACUGGAGUAAAAAGGAGAACAGAAUCGGAUUCGUUAUUAUGUAUGCAUUGACUUUCUUUUUUGCAAACUUCGGACCCAACAGUACAACCUUCAUUGUGCCAGCUGAGAUAUUCCCAGCUAGGUUGCGUUCGACAUGUCAUGGUAUAUCAGCAGCCGCAGGGAAAGCAGGUGCCAUCAUUGGUGCAUUUGGGUUCUUAUAUGCUGCACAGAAUCAAGAUCCUAAAAAGACUGAUCACGGGUACCCGGCUGGUAUUGGUGUUAAGAACUCCUUGAUCGUGCUCGGAGUUAUCAACUUCAUAGGCAUGAUGUUUACAUUCCUGGUACCAGAACCAAAUGGUAAAUCUUUGGAGGACUUGUCUGGUGAGAACGACGGAGACACGUAUGAAGAAGAGAUUGAAGGGCCCGGACAAGGAAAUAACAGAUCAGUGCCUGUUUGAUUCUCUUGGUUUGUCUAAAAUUUUUUUUUCUGGUUUUCAGCAUGAUAAUUUUACUUGUGAUGUAUAUGAUGCUCAAACUCCCUCUCCAUGUGUGCCAAAAAGAUUGGGAUGGGGAAAUGAGUCAAAUCGAAGUGGAUGUAUUGUAAAUCAAAUUAUUUCUGUUAUUUAUUUAAUAUUUUUAUUUGGAUCUA